CGCGCAUCACGUGGAGACGCGUCUCCCUCUGUGAUUGGACAGUUAACGACAUGCCUUCAGCGCCGUUGUAGCCACAAAUGGUCGGAUACGUAACGAGGGCAUUUGCGGCUCCAGAAUACUCCCUGCUAGGAGGCGAAUAAUGCAGAAGAAGAGAGCGUGAGACGUGUUGAAACAUUUCGGGAUGCUCCGUGUGGAUUCAUGUUGAUCUUUUCUUUUCCCAGUCUGAGUAGAGCAGUGGUUCGUGUCAGGACACUGGCAGCUCAACUCAGCAAAGCAGCCAUGUCCACCAACCACCAGAGCUCCAGUUUAUCCCCUGCAGGCAACGGAGACGCUCCCACCGCCGCCAUUCUCAUCAUCGGAGACGAGAUACUCAAGGGUCACACGCGGGACACCAACAGCGCCUUCCUGACGCGAGCUCUGAGGAAGCUCGGAGUGUCGGUGCAGCGGAUAACGGUCAUCCCGGACGUACAGGAAGUCAUCGCCAAGGAGGUGGCGCUGCUCUCUCCUCAGUACACUCACCUCAUCACCUCUGGGGGGAUAGGCCCCACCCACGACGACGUCACCUUCGAGAGCAUCGCCAUGGCGUUCCAGGAGGAGCUCUAUCCCCAUCCGGAGCUCUCCCGGCUGGUGCAGGAAUUCUUCGGGGUGGUGGACAAAGACAGCGCCGCCAUGAAGCUGGCGACGGUGCCUCGGUCGGCCAAACUCAACUACGGAACCGACCCUCAGACCGGACAGCUGAUGCGCUACCCAGUAGUGAGUGUACGCAACGUUUAUGUCUUUCCUGGGAUCCCGUCUUUGAUGGAAAGGGCCUUCAGCGGGCUGGAGCACCUCUUUGCUGGUUCAGGGACCACGUUUCACACUCGUGAGGUGUUUGUGGAUGCAGACGAGGCAGAAAUUGCCCCCGUGCUGACCAAACUGCAGGCCAGUUGGGGCCGGAAGGUGGCUCUGGGUUCGUACCCCGACUGGCUGAGCAACUACCACCGAGUCCGGCUGGUUCUGGACUCAGACAGCCAGGAGGAGGUGGACAAAGCUCGAGCACAGCUACUGGAGGAUCUGCCCACAGGAAGCGUGGUGCCUUUAGUGACCGACCCGGUGUCCAUCGCCACGGCUGAGGUUUACACACUGGCCAACAGCGGCACGCCGUUGGGGGAGAAAGUCAUGUCUGCGCUGAAAACAAUAGAGUCUGCGCUGGAUCAGUAUUCCACAGAGCAGGUCUGCGUGGGCUUCAACGGGGGGAAAGACUGCACGGCGCUGCUGCACCUCUACUACGCUGCUCUGAAACGACGUUAUCCAGACAGUAAAGACAAGCUGAAAGCUCUGUACAUUCGUAUCGUCUCUCCAUUCCCAGAAAUGGAGAGAUUCCUGCAGGACACGAUAAAGAGGUACGACUUGGAGCUGUUCUCAGUGGAGGGCAGUAUUCGGCAGGCGCUGAACGAGGUGCAGGAGAGGAGGCCGGAACUGAGAGCCGUUCUGAUGGGAACCAGGAGGAGUGACCCCUACUCUCACACUCUCACCCCCAUGUGUCCCACCGACCCCGGCUGGCCGGACUACAUGAGAGUCAACCCGCUACUGGACUGGACGUAUCACGACAUCUGGUCCUUCCUGAGGACUUUAUACGUUCCCUACUGUAUCCUCUAUGAUAAAGGGUAUACGUCUCUGGGCAGCAUGGACAACACCUGUCGGAACGCUGCCCUGCAGAUGGUGGACACGAGGGGGGUGACGAGAUACAAGCCGGCCUACCAGCUGGAGAACGAAGACGAAGAACGAAACUCCCGUGCCUGAUUACCAGCGGAGACGCUUGAUAAGACUUCUAGCCGCGUACAUGAACUCAGAGAAGGACGUUUUUUCACGUGAAGGCUCGACAUGUCUGACUGCAACGACGGUUUGUACGUAUGCUACUGUGUUUUAAAUGUGAGCCUCAAGUCGUGGCUCUCUGUGUUGUUUAAUAAAACAUCGCUCUGUUUAAUCUUU